GGGCGGGUCCGCGAGGAACCGGAAGUGCGGGAACCGCCACCGCCGGGAGCCGCGUUCGCCAGUGUUCCCCGCCCGCCCUCCGGCAGCUGAGGAGCCGCUCGGCGGUGGGACAGUCGCCGCAGCCGGGACUGAAGUCUAGGGAGGGCGGGGCGCGGCAUGAAGCGGCGGCGGCCCACUCUGUAGGGCGCGUCGGGACCGGCCGGCCGGGCGGGGCUGAGGGGAAGGCCGUAGCUCCCUGCACCUCCCGACCUGCGCCUUCUCCUCGUUCCCUUCCACCUUCUCCCGUGGGGACUCUGGCGUGCAUCCCCAAGAAAAUGCAACAUGGCAGCAGCAAUGGAAACUGAACAGCUGGGUGUUGAAAUCUUUGAAACUGCAGAGUGUGAGGAGAAUGUUGAUUCACAAGAACAGCCUAAAUUGGAGCCAUUUUAUGUUGAGAGAUAUUCCUGGAGUCAGCUUAAGAAACUGCUUGCAGAUACCAGGAAAUAUCAUGGCUACAUGAUGGCUAAGGCACCACAUGACUUUAUGUUUGUAAAGAAGAAUGAUCCAGAUGGGCCUCAUUCGGACAGGGUCUAUUACCUUGCCAUGUCUGGUGAGAACAGAGAAAACACACUGUUUUACUCAGAAAUUCCCAAAACCAUCAACAAAGCAGCAGUUUUAAUGCUGUCUUGGAAGCCACUCUUAGAUCUUUUUCAGGCAACCCUGGACUAUGGAAUGUAUUCUCGAGAAGAAGAGUUAUUAAGAGAAAGAAAACGCAUUGGAACAAUUGGAAUUGCUUCUUAUGAUUAUCACCAGGAAAGUGGAACAUUUUUGUUCCAAGCUGGUAGCGGAAUUUACCAUGUAAAAGAUGGAGGCCCACAUGGAUUUACUCAACAACCCUUAAGACCCAAUUUAGUGGAGACCAGUUGCCCUAACAUAAGGAUGGAUCCAAAACUGUGCCCUGCUGAUCCAAACUGGAUUGCUUUCAUCCAUAGCAAUGACAUCUGGAUAGCGAACAUUGUAACUAGGGAAGAAAGGAGGCUCACCUAUGUGCACAAUGAGCUUGCUAACAUGGAAGAGGACCCAAGAUCAGCUGGGGUGGCGACCUUUGUCCUUCAGGAAGAAUUUGAUAGAUAUUCUGGUUAUUGGUGGUGUCCAGAGGCUGAACCAACUCCCAGUGGAGGAAAAGUUCUUCGAAUUCUAUAUGAAGAAAAUGAUGAAUCAGAAGUGGAAAUUAUUCAUGUUACAUCCCCAAUGUUAGAGACCAGAAGGACAGAUUCAUUCAGAUAUCCCAAAACAGGCACAGCAAAUCCGAAAGUCACUUUUAAGAUGUCAGAAGUAAUGAUUGAUGCUGAAGGAAGGAUUGCAGAUGUGGUGGAUAAGGAACUAGUACAACCCUUUGAGGUUCUAUUUGAAGGAGUUGAGUAUAUUGCCCGAGCUGGAUGGACUCCAGAGGGAAAAUAUGCUUGGUCCAUCCUACUAGAUCGUUCUCAAACCCGACUACAGAUAGUGUUAAUAUCCCCUGUAUUAUUUAUCCCAGUAGAAGAUGAUGCAAUGGAACGACAGAAACUAAUAGAUUCAGUGCCUGAUUCUGUGACACCACUCAUUAUUUAUGAAGAAACAACAGACAUCUGGAUAAAUAUCCACGAUAUCUUUUAUGUUUUCCCCCAAAGUCAUGAAGAUGAAAUAGAGUUUAUUUUUGCCUCAGAAUGCAAAACAGGUUUCCGACAUCUGUAUAAAAUCACAUCCAGUUUAAAGGAGAGCAAGUAUAAACGAUCCAGUGGAGGACUACCUGCUCCAAGUGAUUUCAAGUGUCCAGUCAAGGAAGAAGUAGCAAUUACAAGUGGUGAAUGGGAAGUGCUUGGCCGACACGGAUCUAAUAUCCAAGUUGAUGAAGUACAGAAGCUGGUGUAUUUUGAAGGCACCAAAGACUCCCCUUUAGAGCAUCACUUGUAUGUGGUGAGCUAUGAUAAUCCUGGAGAGGUGACAAGAUUGACAGAUCGUGGCUACUCACAUUCCUGCUGUAUUAGCCAGCAUUGUGAUUUAUUUAUAAGUAAAUACAGUAACCAGAAGAAUCCACACUGUGUGUCCCUUUACAAGCUCUCAGGUCCUCAAGAUGACCCAGAACGCAGAACGAAGGAAUUUUGGGCCACUAUUUUGGAUUCAGCAGGUCCUCUUCCUGACUACACACCACCAGAAAUAUUCUCAUUUGAAAGUACUACAGGAUUCACGUUGUAUGGAAUGAUGUAUAAACCUCAUGAUCUACAGCCUGGGAAGAAAUAUCCCACUGUGCUGUUCAUCUAUGGUGGUCCUCAGGUGCAGCUGGUGAAUAAUCGGUUUAAAGGAGUCAAAUAUUUCCGCUUGAAUACGUUGGCAUCUCUGGGUUAUGUAGUUGUGGUAAUAGACAACAGGGGAUCUUGUCAUCGAGGGCUUAAAUUUGAAGGUGCCUUCAAAUAUAAAAUGGGUCAAAUAGAAAUUGAAGACCAGGUAGAAGGACUUCAGUACCUAGCAUCUCAGUAUGACUUCAUUGAUUUAGAUCGUGUGGGCAUCCAUGGCUGGUCCUAUGGAGGAUACCUCUCUUUGAUGGCAUUAAUGCAGAGGUCAGAUAUCUUCAGGGUUGCCAUUGCUGGAGCUCCAGUUACUCUGUGGAUUUUCUAUGAUACGGGAUAUACAGAACGUUAUAUGGGUCACCCUGACCAGAACGAACAGGGCUAUUACCUAGGAUCUGUGGCCAUGCAAGCAGAGAAGUUCCCUUCUGAACCCAAUCGUUUACUGCUAUUGCAUGGGUUCUUGGAUGAAAAUGUUCACUUUGCACAUACCAGUAUAUUACUGAGUUUUUUAGUAAGGGCUGGGAAGCCAUAUGAUUUACAGAUCUAUCCUCAGGAGAGACACAGCAUAAGAGUCCCUGAAUCUGGAGAACAUUAUGAACUGCAUCUUUUGCACUAUCUUCAAGAAAAUCUUGGUUCACGAAUUGCUGCUCUGAAAGUGAUAUAAUUGUAACUUUUGUGGAACUCUGGUACAUGGCUGCUUAACCAAAUGAGGAGGUUUAAUCUGUAGAAAAUAACUGAUCAUCACAUUUUGGUGCCUGCUACAUAACAUCCACUUCUGAAAGUAAAUUUGGUGCCAUACAAGAAUCUACAGUACAUGAAUAGCAACCUCAUACCUUAACUCACACAAAGAAUCGAACGAUGUAAAUUUCCAUGGGACACAGCAAUACCAUGAAAAUUACUGAGAGAAGCUAAAACAUUUGCAGCACAUAUCAACACCAUCAUAUUUCCACCUUUUAAAAGCAUUGUAAGCCUCAUGGAUUUAAUUGGUGUAUUUUUAUAUUUGAGUUUGUUACAUUAUGGUAAUUAAUAUUAGGUGAUUGGUUCACUACAAUUCCUGAAUCUCUGGCUAAUGACAAAUUUGAUAGCACUUAAGUGUAAUUGAAUAGCUUAUGCUUCAUUGCUUGGGGUGUGUCCAGCAUGUUAAGAACUAAUCACUAUUAAACCUAUGACUUAACCAAUUGUUAAUGAUUUUAAGGAAUAAUUCCUAGUGGCCUCCUAAAGACACUCAUUUUGGUUUAUUCAAGUUCUUCCCAGUUUUUCAGUGAGUUUCAGCUGUGUCUAGUAAAAAAAAAUACUAAUUUUUCUUUGAUGAUGUGACAAGAUGGAUUUUACCUGAUUUACUUUUACAUAAAGGAGAGUAACUGUAUUUGUAGCAUGGUUUUAACUAAUCUUAUGAUAUUAAUAAUUAUAUGCAGAUUAAUUUUAAAUUGAAUGACAAUAACUUAAAUAUUUGCAGGCUAUUUUUUCCUUUAGGAAAAGAAAAGUAUAUAUUCACUUUUGUUCUUCAGAAAAUAUGUUGGUACCCAAUUUUCCAUAGACCAUUUCCUUAUAUUGAAAUGUUCUAGAUUUGGCAGAGACAAGGGGAGGUGGGGGGAAGAUGGAAGGGAAACAUAGGGAGGUCAGAGUGGGGCUAUGGAUCUUUUUAAGUCCAAAGUGUUAGUGCCACUUGGCUGAGAAAAGUCAUGAAAAAAAAUUGAGAAAUGAGAUUUUAACUUGUAGAAUAUUAACUAGGAAAACAGAAGUAAAAUAAUCAUCCCCAAGCCAGUGUAAUCCUAAACUGACUGUAUCUAGGAGAAUUCUUUUUAAAUUUUUUGGAAGCAAAUAUUUACAUUCCCUCCUUUUUAAGUGGUUCAGUGAGCACAAAGAGCUUUUUGAAAAUGGCAACUUUAAAGUAGAAAUUUAAAUUUCCAACAGAUUUAUUUACCAUAAGUUGACCCCCUUAGUGAUGCAUUAUUCUCUUCAUUGUUCAAAAUCUGUAUAUAAUUUCCUAUUUUAAGUUUCCCUAAAAUAAACUCUCAUAGUGAAAUUAUUCUGGUUUACCCCUAACAUUUGAAUGUUCAAGGGUUUUCAUAUGCUUUCAGGUACUGAUUGGGUUCCCACUGGAGUGUUGGGUAGAAGGGCAGAAUUUUCUUGAUACUAGCUGGGUAAGAGCUUAGCAGGAAGGAAAACUUAACUUUAAAAACCUACCCAGCCCUGCUAAUCAUAGGCAUUGAUGUUUUCUUUGGAAGAAGUUGCUGUACUUAUGAACAAGAGUCCCCAGAGAGAAUAUGGGAGCUUCUUUUGCUUAUCACAUACUGACUGUAGAUUUUUGUCUACCGAGCAUAUGCUUAUCACAAACAAAGCCUUUUUCUUUGUGGCCGAUUUUCACCUUAUGACAAGAGGGGGUAGGAAAUGAGUGAAGCCAGAAGUGAUAAUGUACCAGUGUUGGUUAUUCAUUUGGGAAAAUUCUUUCCAUAUUUUGACUGUAGUGUAUAUACACACCUGUCUCUCUCUGUGUGUAUAUUUAUCAUAUAUACAUAUAUCACAUAUAUGUGUAUAUAUAUGUACAACUUACAUGUUUAAUAUCCUCCCCCACCUAGAUUUGUUUAUAUUCUUUUGAUUUGGGUAACUUCACACCCCUCAAAACCCAAGAAAAUAUUUCCCCCUGUGACUUGAGUUUUACUUGAUGAGGGAGAUGCAUGGUUCUGUACCAGUAGUUUCCAAGGAUCUGUGAUCAUUGCACAUAGUGUACAGAGCAGAAUGGGUAUCCAGUAGUACCACAAGCCAGUGGACAAGUAUUCAUUUUAAAUCUCUUACUUUGUAAGGCUGUCUCUUUACAAUGGCACCUCUUGCUUUGCCAAAAGAAAAAAAAGCAAAAUACUCAAAUGCUGCUGCAUACUGUUCUAGUGAAACACAUGGUUCCUUUUUAGUUCUUCCCUUUUCCCUAUCCCAAUAAAUAAAGAAAUUGGAAGUUCUCAUUACAGCUUCUAAGCACUGUUUCCCUUCUUUACCAGUGAAGAAAUGCUGUCAUUUGGCAGCCAUACUAUGAACAUGACUGAUUUUUUUUUUCAGAAAGGAUACUUGAUUGGAUUUGCUGUUGCUAAAGGAAGUGGAGACUCGUGCUUACAAAGUUAGCAAGCAAUGGAAAGCUCUACCAAGAUUCACUGGUAACAUUAACUAUGAGGAAAGCAACUCAUCAAGUGGAAGUUUAAAACAAGGAGCACAUUUGGUGAGAGCCAAAAAGCACUGAGGUUAAAAAGCGACCUGGGUUAUUCAUUGUCUUGAUAAAUUCCCAUGGCCAUUACUGAGUAUAGUUAUUUGAAAUAACUCUGAAGACUCUAAUGGGUGAAAUUUAUACUAUGCUGACUUAGAAGAGAUAGGGAUGUGUAAGCAGGAAAUCCUCUCCCCACAGUUAAGUAUUGACCACCUUUUCUCACUACAAGAGAUAUGUAUGAAGAACAGCUAGCAGACAGCUUCCUCCUCUCUUCCAAGGCCUCAGUUUGAAAUUUUUUCCCACAGGCAACAAAAGGGAGUGAAUCCUGGUCCUACCACCACCAUACCAGCUUCCUGACCUUUUUAAGAACUAUAUUUAAUUGUUGCAUGUUGCCAGUGUUGAGAUUUUUCUUUUUGUUUUAGAUUUUGUUCCAUUUUCUACUUCUCUUUAUAUAAUAUCUUUUUUCAUGUUUUGGAAUUAUUCUCCUAAUAAAACUCUUAAGUUCCAAGAAAUAUGUAGAAAAGGCAAACUUUAAAUACACAACGUACAUAUGUAAUAUAUAAUAUAUAUAUAUACAGUCUUAUUUCACCUAUUUGAGCACUUUUUUCUUUAAUAAAAAAGUACCUAAAUGUGGAGAAGGAAAUGGCAAACCACUCCAAUAUCUUUGCCAAGAAAAUCCCAAAUGGGGUCACGAAGAGUCUGACUGAAAAACAACUGAACAAAAAUGUUUUUUCCCUACUCCAAAUUAUAUGCUAAGGAUGCUUAUUAAUGAAGUUGUACUAAUCAGCAUGUGAAGUUGUUAAAUAUUAUUAAAGUCAUUCUGCCAAUUAAAAUGUGUUUUACCUGGUAAUAGGAACAUUAGGGAAUUGAUAAUUCACAAGACUGGCUGCUAAUAGCACAAAAUUGGUUGCUCAUGAUCUAGAAGCCCAUCUACCUGACCUAUUAACUUAGAAAACAGAGCCAGGACUAGUUCUGAUGGAAAUCUGAAGGAUAGCUAGCCCUUCUCGUGAGAUAAAGGGGGAGUAUCAGUGUCAUAACAAAGAUAUAAGAAGAACCUUCCUCCACCCCAACUCCCAGCCUAGGAUAUUGGGAUAAUAUAAUACAAAAUGCCUUCCCAGUUUCCUUCUGGUUCCCUGAGUGUCAGUACACACGCAUACAAUUUCCAAACUGAUCGGUUCUACAGACCUUCAGAAUAAAAAGAAACAGUAGUGUUUUGGUUAGGUUUUUUUUCCCUUUUCUUUUGUGGUUGCUCAGCACAAUUAGAGUUCAGGUGUUUAAUUUUAGAAUGUAAAGUGCCUGCUGUUUUAAGCAUUGACUUGUACUAACAGAAUUGCAUGUCUCCCUCCAGUAAGUUUCCCUAUUUCUAGCUACAUGGCUUUUAAUCAUGUAAAGUGGAAACAUUAGUUUUGUUGUGUUUUAUUAUAGAUCCUUUUGUUGGAAUAAAGAUGCUGCUAAAAUAAA